GCGCGUCGCUAAGUUUGUCCUUCGGCGCAGCCCGUCGUGCGCGUUGCCCCUCACGUGGCCCGGCUGCGGGUGUGGCUUAGCGCCAGGGCCCGCCCAGGCCCGGCUCGUGCGCGCGUUGGCUGCGCGCGUUUCGCCGGCGCGGGGCGGAGACUCCGCGGGGCCCGAACAUGGAGGGCGGAAGCGAGCGGAAGAGGCCGCGCGAGGAGGCGGCGGCGGAGGCGUCGGGCCCGUCCGGGGAGGAGGAUGAGGGUUACGAGCCCUACGUGCCGGUCAAGCAGCGCAAGCAGGAGAUGCUGCAGAAGCUGCUACAGAUGCGCAGGAAGGGGGUGCUGGAGGAGGAGCAGAGGGACAGCAGCAGUGAGCACAGGGGAGAUGAAGAUGAUAUUCCUCUGGGCCCCCAGUCCAACAUCAGCCUCCUGGACCAGCACCAGCACCUUAAAGAGAAGGCGGAAGCGCGCAAGGAGUCGGCCAAGGAGAAGCAGUUGAAGGAGGAGGAAAAGAUCCUGGAGAGCGUGGCAGAGGGUCGAGCUUUGAUGUCAGUGAAGGAGAUGGCAAAGGGCAUCACCUACGACGAUCCGAUUAAAACCAGCUGGAAGGCGCCGCGUUACAUCCUGGGCAUGUCGGAGGCACGGCACGACCGCGUGCGCAGAAAGUACCACGUCCUGGUGGAGGGCGAGGGCAUCCCCCCACCCAUCAAGAGCUUCAAGGAAAUGAAGUUCCCGGCAGCUAUCCUGAGGGGCCUGAAGAAAAAGGGAAUCCAGCAGCCGACCCCCAUCCAGAUCCAGGGCAUCCCCACCAUCCUGUCCGGCAGGGACAUGAUCGGCAUCGCAUUCACUGGCUCAGGGAAAACCCUGGUGUUCACGCUCCCCGUCAUCAUGUUCUGCCUGGAGCAGGAGAAACGGCUGCCAUUCUCCAAGAGAGAGGGACCCUAUGGACUCAUCAUCUGCCCCUCUAGGGAGCUGGCCAGGCAGACCCACGGCAUCCUUGAGUACUACUGCCGCCUGCUGCAUGAGGACAGCCUGCCCCUGCUGCGCUGUGCCCUCUGCAUCGGGGGCAUGUCCGUCAAGGAGCAGAUGGAGACUAUCAAACACGGUGUGCACAUGAUGGUGGCUACCCCGGGCCGCCUCAUGGACCUGCUGCAGAAGAAGAUGGUGAGCCUGGACAUCUGUCGCUACCUGGCCCUGGAUGAGGCCGACAGGAUGAUCGACAUGGGCUUUGAAGGAGACAUCCGCACCAUCUUCUCUUAUUUCAAGGGCCAGAGGCAGACCCUUCUCUUCAGUGCCACCAUGCCCAAGAAGAUCCAGAACUUUGCCAAGAGUGCCCUGGUGAAGCCCAUCACCAUCAAUGUGGGGCGAGCUGGAGCUGCCAGCCUGGAUGUCAUACAGGAAGUGGAGUAUGUGAAGGAGGAAGCCAAGAUGGUGUACCUGCUAGAGUGCCUGCAGAAGACCCCGCCGCCCGUGCUGAUCUUUGCGGAGAAGAAGGCUGACGUGGAUGCAAUCCACGAGUACCUGCUGCUCAAGGGCGUGGAAGCGGUGGCCAUUCACGGAGGGAAAGACCAGGAGGAGCGGACGAAGGCCAUCGAGGCCUUCCGGGAUGGGAAGAAGGACGUCCUGGUUGCCACCGACGUAGCCUCCAAGGGCUUGGAUUUCCCAGCCAUCCAGCACGUCAUCAACUACGACAUGCCGGAGGAGAUCGAGAACUACGUUCACCGAAUUGGACGUACGGGCCGCUCAGGGAACACUGGCAUCGCCACCACCUUCAUCAACAAGGCCUGUGAUGAGUCCGUGCUCAUGGACUUGAAGGCGCUGCUGUUGGAGGCCAAGCAGAAGGUGCCCCCGGUGCUGCAGGUGCUGCACUGCGGGGACGAGACCAUGCUGGAUAUUGGAGACGAGAGGGGCUGUGCCUUCUGUGGGGGCCUGGGCCACCGUAUCACCGACUGCCCCAAGCUGGAAGCCAUGCAGACCAAGCAAGUCAGCAACAUCGGCCGCAAGGACUACCUGGCACACAGCUCCAUGGACUUCUAGCGCAGGCUCCUGGGCUGCGCUGCUGCCUGUGGUGUGUGCUCGCUGGGCCAGGCAGGAGAGUUCCCUGGAGCCCAGCAGCCUUGGCAGCUGGCCCCACUUCUUCCCAAGAGCAUGUGGGGCCGGGGCUGUCUGCAGGCAGUGCCAUGCCCCUUCCCUCUGGGCUCAGACGUGUCGUAAGGUGCCCUGUGUUGUGUGGGCCAGGGGCCGGUGCUGCUUGGCCAGGUCCCGCAGUUCCUGCUCGGAGAGGAAGUACCGGAGCUAUGCUGCAAUGGCCCAUUACAUCAGCCAGUGUCACCAUGCAGACAUGGGGCAAGCUGGGGCCCCAGCCUCUCGCAGGCCCUGCAAAGCCCCAUGGCACAGGAAAGCCAUGGCCAGAGGCAAACCCCGGCCCUUGUCACGCGGGGCUGGGCCCAGUGACACCUGCCGAAGGCCUGGGGCUCUGAGGGGCGGUUGUGCUGGCCUCACUCGAGUUGCUCGGGGCUGGAAGGGCAGCCUGGGGCUCUGGCCAACCCUCUGCUGCGGGCCGUGUCCGGUGCCGUCGCUGGCUGUGGAGGAGCUGGGCAGCCAGAACCCAGCAGUCCCCUGCAGGCUGUUGCUGCCUCUGCCAUGCUCGUUCGGCCCCGCUGGUCUCCCUGGGGGCCGUUGCUCCCCUGCGCUGCCUGCCCCUCACCCCACGCACCACAAAGGGGAAGUUAGCGAGAAAGGAAGUCUCCCCGUGCACUCGCUCCACUGCAGCAGCCACCGCUCCCCAUUACCGGCACUGCUGCCCUCUGCAUAUACCCCUGCCAGGCCGGCCUGGGCCCAUGGAGACCCCCGUGAAGGCCGGGAUCCUCUAUGUCCAGUACUUCAAAUUUGGAAAGGUAAAGGGGGGAGGGGCUGAGAGUGCUGGGCACAGGAGUGCCUGUGGGGGGGGGAAGCAGACCAAGCCCAGCAAAGUGGAGCGGAGCGACCCCUGGUCACUGCCCCAGGACUGGCCGUGCUGUGUCUGAUCUCAACCCCUGCUGGCCCCAGGGCACAAACUCCAGGCUGGGGGGGGGCUCGCCCAGGCAUCGUCCUCCCCCCUGUUACUGAGGCAUGCCUGCCCCAGCUCUAAACUGCGUCAUGUGCUUAACUCUCACUGAAAUGUUAAUAAACACUUAAACCAAAA